CCCGCCCUCAUUCGCGGAACAGCGGGAAACAGAUCUGGAAGUAAACAAAACCACGUGACACACGGAGAGAAAAGAGACGAAAAAACACGAAGAAAAGACGAGUGAAAGUGUCGGGCCCGCGCGGAAGACACGGGACACGGAGGACACACUCGAGACACUGAGGAGGACACGGGACACGGAGGAGGACACGGAGGAGGACACGGGACACUGAGGAGACAAACAGCAGAUGUAGAUGAUGAAGGUGGAGCCGGAGGAGGUGGAGGUGCAGCAGAAGGUGGAGGUGGAGCAGGAGGUUGAGCAGGUGGAGCAGAAGGUGGAGCAGGAGGUGGAGGUGGAGGUGGUGGAGUUUGUGGUUCCAGUGGAGAACAGUAAAACUCUGUUUGUUUGGAACCUGGAGGCUUCUCAACCUGAACAUGUCCUCCUGGUCUCCCUCUCGUCCCUCUUCUCGUCUUUCGGGCCUCUUUACCUCCUGAAGAUCUCACCUUCGUCUCCUGGAUUUUUCUCGGCGUUGGUGAAGUUUUUCUCGUCUGGUCACGCGGCUCGAGCCCAAAGAGAGACGGACGGAAAGACCCUGAUGCCCUCCCGCCGCCCGCUCCAGGACCGGCCGCUCAAGGUGCGUCUGAGCUCGAAGAAGACGCCGCACUUCCUGUCCCGCAGCGCGCCGCUGAGCCACGCCCACUGUCUGAAUCUGGCCAAUCACAUCCUGGGAUUCAACGGCUGGAGCUCUGACAUCAUCACACUGAAGGAGCUGGACCCGGACCAGGACUUGGACCCGGACCUGGACCCGGACUCUGGGGGCGUGGCUCUGAGACUCGGGUGUUUACUGCAGCUGCACUUCCCCUUCCACCAGGUCACGACCCGAGGCGCCGCUGUGCUCCAGCAAACGCUCACCUGCUCAGACCCUGUGGAGAUGUUACUCGCUCGUGGGCGUCUGCAGAGAGCCGUGAGAGAAAAGGCUCUGGUCCAGGCGUUCUCCAAUGUUCUGCUGGUUCUACUUGGAAAUGGUAAAGUGAUGGUGGAUCUGAAGGAGCUUCAUCAGUUUGACCCUGAGGAGCAGGAGCAUUUUCUACAGGUGACAGAGGUGAGUCUUCCUCCUGAUGAAGACGAGGAGUUGGAUCUCACAGUGACCUGAGCCUCAGACUCCGCCCUCUCACCUGGAGCCCCGCCCUCCCCUCUCACCUGGAGCCCCGCCCUCUCACCUGGAGCCCCGCCCUCUCACCUGGAGCUCCGCCCUCCCCUCUCACCUGGAGCCCCGCCCUCUCACCUGGAGCCCCGCCCUCUGGUUCUCUCCGGUUCAGGCUUCUUGCUAUUUUG